AUGUUCGUGUAUUGGAAAUUCAAUCUCCGGAUUCAUACAUUAGCUGUGCCUGGAGGUGGGGAAUUGAUACAGAGUCAGAGUAGUGAGAAUAGUGUAGGACCACAGGGGCCCAGCUCCUGCUGCAAAGUGACCCUCACUGACCAUUACCAGGUGGUGAGAGAUCUUGGGCAGAGGGGCUUCAGCCAGGUGGUACUGGCCCACCAUCUCCUCACCGGGGCAGAGGUGGCGGUGAAAGUGGUGCCCAAGACAGAGGGGAAUGUGCCCGUCCUCUGUGAACCAGAGAGGUUGAUGGCCCUGGAUCACCAAAACGUGAUCCAGCUCUUCCAGGUGACCGAGACUGCGUGCACCGUCUACAUGGUCAUGGAGCACGCAGAUGGGGGAGACCUGUGGCACUGCAUCCUGGAAGUUGGUGGCCUACAGGAGGAGCAGGCCCGCCCGGUGUUCAGGCAGAUAGUGCGCGCCAUGCGCCACUGCCACGACAGGGGCAUCGUGGACCUGGACCUGAAGCCCGACAACGUGGUGGUGAACAUCAGGGCCUCCAAGACUGCGGCAAGGGCCGACAGCGUCAAGCUCAUCGACUUCAGCCUGGGUGCCACCUUCACGCCUGGGCAGAAGCUCAAUGGCUUCUGGGGCACUGUCCCAUACCGUGCCCCUGAAAUCAUACAGCACCAAGAAUACAAGGUUCCCCCCGGCGGACACCUCGAGCCUGGGGGUCACCCUGUUUCUCAUGCUCACAGGGAGACGCCCAUUUAAGGUGAGGGCUGCCAAGUGCCUGCAGGACGUCCUCAUGCAGGCCAGCUACCACCUUCCCAGGUACCUUUCCCAGCAUGCCUGCAG